GUGGGCGCCGGCGGCCCAGGCCCGCCAGGCUUCGCCCCGGAGGACCUGGAUGAGACCGGAAGGGCACAAUACGAGCUGUUCAAGCAGGGCAAGGUGAAUCGGCGCAAGCUGCUGGUGCGCCUGAAGGACAACCCCACGGUGCAGGCCGCGGGCGAGGGAGGCUAUUGGGACCCCUUCAGGGACGGGGAGGUCACAGAGACGGUUGUGGAGUCCCCCGGGCAGACCACCACCACAACAACUGCCACCCUGAGGGGCCCCAACUUCCAGGCCUUUGCCAGGCGCACGGUCACGCGGGCGACUGGGUUCAGGGACGUGGAGAACAUGAAGAAGCGCGGGAAGGACAGCAUGGAUGGAUUCCUGAAGGAGAACAACCUGACGACGGAGAUGAAGCAUGCAUGGUAUGGGGCGCAGUCCGGGAUCGCGGUGCUGGACCUGGAGGACGAGAGCAAAGCGGAGGAGCUGUGGAUGAAGCUGAAAUCGAUGGAGGGGAGGAAUGGGAGGGAGGGAGUGAUCGAUUUUGUGGAGCUGGACGUUCAAUUUGAAGCAUUCCAGACCGACCUGAACUGCAGGCCCAUCGAUGACUGGGGAUUCCAUCAGACCCGAACGCCUCAGGCCCUGCAGCUGCUGGGCGAAAGUGAGCCUGACAGCAACAACGCCAACGUGACUGUGGCAGUCGUGGACAGUGGGGUUGACUACACUCACCCUGCCCUUGCAAACAGGAUAUUUGUGAACGAGGUAGAGCUCAAUGGAGAGGAUGGGGUGGAUGACGAUCUGAACGGUUUUGUGGACGACAUCAGGGGCUGGAACUUCUUUGAGAACACCAAUGAAACCAUGGAUCGCAAUGGGCAUGGCACUCACGUGGCGGGCAUCCUGGCUGCUGACCCUGACCCCUCAGGGCGGGUAAACCACCAGGGCAUCGCCCCCAAUGCCCUCAUCCUGCCCUGCCGCUUCACAG